AUGUUUCUCAAGUCGUUUGUGGUAGCCUCGCUGGCGCUCUUUGCUGAACGGGCAUCUGCAGCCUUUGGUAUCACUACCAGCUCUUCGGCUUAUGUGAUUGAUGCUGGAUCCUCCAACCCUCUCAAGUUUACUGUCAGCCGGACCAACUGUGAUAUCACGUCGAUCAACUUCUAUGGAUCUGAGCUGCAAUACCAGUCAACCGGCUCUCACAUCGGCUCAGGUCUGGGAAGCAGUGCCACUGUCACUGCUACUGAGAGUGGCGACUACAUCAAGGUGACAUGUGCUACGUCCACCUUGACACACUACUAUGUUGUCCACAAGGGAGACCCGAUCAUUCACAUGGCCACUCAUACUACUGCGGAACCCUCCGUUGGAGAGCUCCGAUACAUUGCCCGUUUGAAUGCAGACCUCCUCCCGAACGAAGAACCAUUCGGUACCGUAUCUAACAUUGGUGGCGGAUCCGUUGUUGAAGGCGAGGAUGUGUUCCUCGUUGAUGGACAGACUCGCAGCAAGUUUUACUCCAGCGAGCGCUUCAUCGAUGACCAAAUUCACUGUGUUUCUGGAAGUGCUCACAGGGUUUGUAUGAUCUUGAACCAAUACGAAACCUCAGCCGGAGGCCCCUUCCAUCGUGACAUCAACACGAACAACGUUGGAUCUUACACCGGUCUAUACUGGUACAUGAACUCCGGACAUGUCCAGACAGAGGAUUAUCGCCAGGGAUUGCAUGGCCCAUAUUCUAUGUACUUCAGCCGAAGCGGAACUCCAAGCACCAACAUCGAUACGUCCUUCUUCGCCGACCUUGAUAUUACGGGAUACGUCGCCACGUCUGGUAGGGGUUAUGUAAAGGGUACUGCCUCUGGCGCCGAUUCAUCCUUCAAAUGGGUCAUUCACUGGUACAACUCUGCGGCUCAGUACUGGACCUAUGCUUCCUCCGGAUCAUUCACUUCCCCUGCCAUGAAGCCCGGUACCUACACCAUGGUCUAUUACCAGGGUGAAUACCCUGUUGCCACAUCCUCAGUCACCGUGACUGCCGGAUCCACCACUUCCAAGAGCAUCUCUGGCUCCGUGAAGACAGGAACUACCAUCUUCAGAAUUGGCGACUGGGACAAGACACCCACCGGAUUCCGCAAUGCUGCCAACCAGCUCCGCAUGCACCCAUCCGACAGCCGCAUGUCCUCGUGGAGCCCAGGCACUUACACAGUCGGCAGCUCGUCGCUCGCUGACUUCCCCAUGGCAUUGUUCAAAUCGGUUAACUCGCCGUUGACUAUCAAGUUCACUGCCACUUCUUCCCAAACUGGUGCUGCCACUCUCAGAAUUGGAACUACCCUCUCCUUCGCCGGUGGUCGGCCCCAAGCUACGAUCAACAGCUACACCGGCUCUACCCCGUCCGCCCCUACUAACCUCAACUCCCGUGGUGUCACUCGAGGUGCGUACAGAGGAUUUGGUGAAGUUUAUGACGUCUCGAUCCCGGCUGGAACCAUCGUUGCUGGAACAAACACUAUUACAAUCAGUGUUGUCUCCGGUAGCUCUGGAACCACUUACCUCAGCCCCAACUUCUUUUUACAAGAUCUUCGAUGCGGUGGAACUUUUCCAGUAAGGCUGAGCCGCCCUCGCGACACCCUCGUAAAUGGAAGCACGAGGAAAACAGAAUACAUUCUGAGAAGGCGAUGGUGGACGGUGGACAUACCGGUGGAGAGAAGCGCAAGUCUAUAA